UGUGCUACAUUCACGAUCUAUAGAGAGAUGAAAGUUCGAUAAGGUCAAUGAAAAAUCCACUCGGUUGUCACUUCGUCAAUUUCUCUGUAUGUAGUUUUAAAUGUUAUAAAUAAUUUAUUACGUAAAUUUCGCGAAUAUGCAUAUCGAAGGAAAGCAAACCGUUCAAGUUUUAGCUGCUCCCUGCAAAUCGAACACCAUUAAGCCUAUCAUUAAACAUGAACAAUCUCAACGAGCAGACAAUUCUAGCUUGUACAGAAAAAUUUUGGAUGAGCCCAAGUAUUCCAGCAAAGAUAAUUUAUCUCUUCAAUCUUCAAUAGGCAUGAUUAAUGCAGAAGAAGUUCUGAAUACAUUAAGCCAGACUGAAAAUUUAGGUAUCGGGAAAGAUGAUAAAUCUACAUCUGAAAGUAAUAUGAUUCAACAAUUUGAACAUAUUUCAUGGAAGUAUAAAAAUCCAUAUAGCGUUUCUAUUACCAAUCAUAUGGAUUAUGGAAAAUCUAGUCACACAUUAGAGAAUAUUUUCAAAGAGGACGAGCCCCAAGAAGGAAGAGCAAAGCAAAGCAUUCUCUUCAAUUGUCGAGAAUAUUUAGCUACCUAUCAGGAAUCUUGUGGUACACCGCGUACCGAAUAUUCCUUCGCUGCUUUGAUCGUAAUAAUGGCUCACGCUACGUUACGAUCUUUGUUGGGACUGAUAUACAUGAUCAUUAAUGUCGUUCCUGUUAUUCAGGUGAUUAUAUAAGCACUUUUCUAAAUCUUCGGUCAGCGAAUCGAAAGUAAAGAAUUAAAAUGUGUAUUUCUUGAAAUAUGAAUUC